ACAUAACAUUUACAAGGAAGUGCAUUUGUGCGCGUGUCUCUUAUAUAGUGACGAUCAAAAUAUAUAUAUAGUGCAAAUAGUACGGGAUUUUCUUUUUCCGAAUUGAUUGUUCUAGGCGUGCAGUAACAUGACCAUAAUAUUUGUUCUUUUUACGCCGUUCUUUUCAAACUAUAAAUAAAUAUAUAGUAGUGAUUUCUCGUGUGUACGCAUAUUUUAAGUAAUGAACAUAAGAUAUUUCUGGAUGGAAAGCUAGAAAACACAGUCAUACCUACUUUCGUACUUCUAAAUUUUACAUUUGACUGUGUGUCGUAUUUAUCGGGUAAAAUUCUCGUAUGUGUACACGGAUUUAGGUGAAGUAAAAAUGUACUUGUAAAGUAAGGCGGGGCGAGGGCGGACGCAGUGGGCGGGUGUUAUCCCGACUUAUAUUUUCAUCGUGUACUGCAAUGUAUUACAAUAUUUUGAAUUUUUGUGCCUUAGGCUACAUUGCAUUUGAUAAAUUAAUAUUACUCGAUUAAAAAGUAACGUGGCAAAUUAUUGCCACUUGCUUACAAUUUUGUAGAGGGCAGCAAAUUUCUAAUAUUAUGUCAUUGUACAAUUAAUUCAUACACAAGACAUUUACUACGCUAAUAACUUAUCAAAUAAUUAUGUUAAUUCAGUUUUCUCUUCGUGUAACAUAUAGAAGCCUACUUGGGGGUAGUUACUACUUACGAUUUAAAAGAAGAAAUUGUGGCAACUGCGACUCAUAAAUUACUAGAAGCGCGAGGGAGUGGAAUUCAUCAUUUUAAAUUAAAUACACAGUUUGACCGACAACCCCGGCCAGUGUAAAAAGUUAGGUGCUCAUAUCGGAUCGACACGGGAGACGUAAAAUUUGGUGGUUAGUCGGUGCUGGGUUGUUGGGGGUACGGCCGGGUAGCCGUAGAGAGUUCGCAAACGAUACUUAGAUCGAGGCUGGAGAGGACUCCGCGCGGUGGUUUUCGCGCGUCCGGUUUACAGCGAGGACCGAGGGUGCUGAAGAGGUGCGUGCGUGGCCGUGGGUCGCGGUAGUCGCGAGUAAACGCCGCGGCGAGCGGUCGCAUGUCGCAGUGUGCUGGCAUGGCGCGGGAGUUCGCGCGGGUUCACGAAUUCUAUUUGCAACUGCACGAGCUGCAGCCGCCCGCGCCUCACUACCAGCACUAUGACAUGCUGCAGGCCAAUCCGAGCGCGGCCACGGCGUAUGAGUUGACGGCGGGCUCGGGCGCGCUCGCCUCUGCGCACGAGCCGCCUCCGCUGCCGCACGCCACACUCGAACAUCACGACCCGCGCAAGAGGAAGAGUCCCCAGUUUAAUGCGGAGGGCUACAAUAUGCCGGCGUGCGACGCAAGUUUGGCCGCGCCAUCGGUCCCGUCGACGCCUUCUCUUCCUUCACCCGCCAGCGCUACCCGCAAACGGAAAACCUCAUCUUUUGGUACAGGGACCACAUACGAGGACGAUGGAUGCGAGGAUUCGCGAUCAUCACGAACCUUACCGGAUAAGAAACAGAACCACAGCGAAAUCGAGAAGCGUCGGCGCGACAAGAUGAACACGUAUAUAACAGAGCUGAGUUCGAUGAUCCCGAUGUGCGGGGCGAUGGCUCGCAAGCUGGACAAGCUGACGGUGCUCCGUAUGGCCGUGCAGCACCUACGCUCGGUCCGCGGGGCUCUCUCGGCCUGCCCGCUCACCGCUCGUCCGCGCCCCGCGUUCCUCUCCGAGAGAGAACUCAACGCCCUCAUCCUACAAGCCGCCCAUGACUGCUUCUUACUAGUCGUUGGCUGCGACAGAGGCCGCUUGUUAUACGUAUCUGCUUCCGUAAAACGAAUGCUGCACUACGACCAGUCGGAGCUACUCGGACAAAGUCUUUUCGACAUUCUACAUCCCAAAGACGUUGCCAAAGUGAAGGAGCAGCUAUCGUCUUCCGACCUUAGUCCCCGAGAAAGACUCAUCGAUAUUAAAACCAUGAUGCCAGUAAAAGCGGACGUUAAAGCGGGAGCGUCGAGGUUCUGCCCGGGUGCGCGACGCUCCUUCUUCUGCCGCAUCAAGUGCAAGGCGCCUGCCGAGACUGUCACCACUACUAAGCAGACCGUCCCUGUGAAGGAAGAGACCGAACCCAACAACAAGUUGCGGAAGAAACAACCGCACGAGAAGAAAUAUUGCGUCGUUCAAUGCACCGGUUAUUUGAAGUCGUGGGCACCGGUGGACGUUUCUGAUGGGGGCAGCUCAGGCACUCCGGAGGGUGGCGACGAGGGCGAAGCUUACAACCUGUCUUGCCUGGUGGCGAUGGGGCGCGCACUGCCCGACAUCAUGCCGGCGCCCUGCUCCGCGCCCGCCAUCCCCCCCGCGCGCCAGCUGCAGUACGUCUCCCGACAUGCCCCCGACGGGAAAUUCUUGUUUGUCGAUCAGAGGGUAACACUAGCACUGGGUUUCCUGCCCCAAGAGUUGUUAGGCACGAGCCUGUACGAGUACGUGACUGGUCCAGAGCUGGGCGCGGUCGCUAGGACGCACAAGCAAGCCCUUCUGCGCCGCGACGCGCUGCAUACGCCUUCCUACUCCUUCCGACGCAAAGACGGCAACUAUGCCAGGAUACAGACGCAUUUCAAACCUUUCAAAAAUCCGUGGACUAAAGAUGUAGAGUGCUUGGUGGCCAACAACACCAUUGUGGCAGAGCCGCAUACCGCUCCAGGUCAGGACACAACACAAACUUCGUUUGACCUUUUCAAACAAAACGAGAUGCCCUCGCUGGUCGUAGCCCCGAGUGACUCUAGUGGCGUUUCAGAGGCGGACGUGGAAAUGCAGAGGCUCAUCGAUUCCCAAGUGGAAUCGCACAAGAUCGGGAGCGCUAUUGCUGAAGAGGCGCUAACGCGAUCCUCCACGGAAUACUCGCCGGAGCUGCCGACGGACUUACUUCAGGACGCCGUCUUCAGUCAACAGGCAUCUCUGGACAACGUUCUGGGUGUGGAUCUGGCCGGGUUCGACCAGGUGCGCAACAACGUGCCGCUCAGCUCCGCCGGAGGGGAGAACUCCCCUCAGCCUGCGGACUCGUCCACGGAAGGUAUUACCACAGGCUCGUCGCCUCCCGUCUCUCCCACGCUACCCCCUCUUGGGCUCGACGGCAACGGUGAAGCGGCCAUGGCAGUCAUCAUGAGCCUACUAGAAGCCGAUGCUGGACUCGGCGGGCCUGUCAACUUCUCCGGGUUGCCGUGGCCUCUACCGUAGAUUUUUGAAAAAUAUCCUUUUUUAUUGAAAAUAAUAUAGGCAUAUAGCUAUGUUUCAAAACAACGGACGACCUACUAAGCGACUUGCCAAAGACUAGAAUGCCAAAUCAGCAACUUAUUUUUGUAUAAUGGAAUUGAUUACGGAACUAGACUUUACUACACUGGAUUAUGGAUUUUAUAAUCUUAUAAAUUGUAUACCAGGAACAACACAAGGUUAUUGAUUCACUUUUAGUACUGGAUAUUCCGUCCAUCCAACAAAGUCAAAUAGAAGACUACGCAGGUCGCUCCGAGGUUUUCAAUAAAAUUAUGACUGGGGUAGUAUUAAGUGUAAUUCAAAGUAAAAAUAAUAAAGAAAUGAAUUUAUUAAUGUACCUAAAUAGAAUCAAUUAUUUUUGUAGAGAAUUAUUUGUGUGCAAUUAUUUUAUUAUUCCAUUAGUCAAUUUUUUAAGAUGCCCAACUACCAACAAUGGUCGUCAAUUAAAGAAAAAUAUCUAUUGCGUACAAUAUAAGAUAGCAUCACGCCUGAACCCGCAGGGGUAGGCGGAGGAUGCCGUGUUAAAUCAACUUAAUUACGCAUAAUUAUAUUUUUUGCAUUCAUCGAAUAUUUAUAUACCAUAUUGUCUGUCAUUGCAAUAUGCUAACAAACAAUACAUCGAUUAAGUAGGUUUAUUUAUAUACUAUAAUAUUUCGCGAAAUGUUUAAAGUGUUUUGCGAAAGACCAUGGGUCCGACAACGGCAAGUAAAAUAAAAAAAGUUAUACUUUAAAAGUACAUUUCAAUUAGGCACGGAACAGCGCCGUUAACUUGUAUAUAAUUGGGUCCAUGUUGCCAAACAUUAUUGUCAACUGAUACAGGAAUAUGGUUUACCGUAUUCAUAUAUAUUAUGAAACUUAAUGGUACUUUAUUGUUAUGUAUAAAGAAAUGUUCUUGCAAACAUAAUGUCAAGGACUCUUGCAACUUAGCAGGGUUGUAGACCGAUGGGCUUUAGUGUAAACUGUAGUCUGUGACCAUGUGCAAUAUUAGCCGCUCGUGCUACCUGGUCCUAAACCAGUUCAGUAGGCAGUUUUGCCAUAUGAGGGUGCUACUAGUGAACAUCUAUGAAGAGAGCGAGGGCCAGCCAAAAUAUCAUAUGUGUGUAUAUUCAUAGUUAAUUCUAAAUGAAUUAUUAUUUUAUUAAGUCAUAUCAUGUUCGUUUAUCUUGUGAAAGUGCAUGUGAGGGUUAGAUCGGAUAAGCCGUCUCAUGCAGGCUGGGGCAGGGCAGUUGACGAUUUUGGCAUUACGUGCCAAGGGAAAAAUGCGUUCCAAUCGGUGCAUUAUGAGUGUAAAUACUAAAAACUAGAGUAAUUUAACCUCUACAUAUUUUUCUUUCACUAAAGUCCUGUAUUGUAAAUAUAAACCACAAGCCGUACUAGAGAACGAUAGUUGUAGGUAACACAAGGAUAUAUACAGGUGGCCCAGAAGUUCAGGUUCAAAAUGAAAAAUUAGAAAGAGGGACUCAUUAGCUACCAGAAACACCCCCAUGUAUGUUCAGCAAUUAUUUACGGUUUAGGAGAUAUGACCCAUUUUGUACCUUUUUUCUAGGUUUUCUACCUUACUUCAGAAAUAAUCAUUUUGUCGCUAUCCCUUUCUUAAUAAUUAAUUUAUUUUACUUCACAACUAUGCCUAAGGCUGUGUACCGCUCAAUCAAAGAUAAAUCAAAGUCAAAUCAAGUAUAAAAAAAAAGUUAUCGGAAGUCAAAGUGAGAAUUCGACCAAAAUUGUUACAGUUGUUAAAACUUCGCCGAAGAAUAAUAAACACAUGAGAUUGUCAUGGACCCUGAAAGUAUUUUUAAAAACUGCUCCAUUUAAUAGGCUUUUAGAAACAUCCAAAAAAAGUACCCUUAAUACAGGCAAAAAACUAAGUAAUUAGCCCUCAAAGAUUGCAAGACAGACAGAUUUGAAGGAAAAUUUGACAUUCUCAUAUAAUGUAGCUGCUACUUUCUAACGUUGUUAAAGGUGCUCAAAGACACAUUUUCAAGACAGACACUGUUGGUGAUUCAUAGACCAACAGUGUUUGGGGAUAACUUUUUCCUUGAAAUCUAUGUACCUUCAUUAAAAUACAAAUACCAAAAGUGACUGCAAGUUUUGUCUUCGGAUUGUUGCUAUGUCUACCCUGUUAGCGAUUAUAAGCGUGAUUUUUAUUUACUUUUAAUUGAAAAUGUGUCUUUCCUGAAAAUUUUUGUGUUUUUUACAAUUAUUUUCAAUUCCAUACUUUUGCGACGGAAAAUUCCACUUGAUAUCAUCUCAGAAUCAUGGCCUCAAUCACCCCUCAAAGUUUUCGUUACGAUGUCACUAACACCCUGUAUAGAAUAAUGUUGCUACCUAUAUUGUUUUUCUUUAUUUUGAUCAGAAUAAUAAUGGGUGGAAGAUGUUUUGUGCCUGGGUGUAAUAACAUUAUUUAUACACAACAAAGAUAAAAGAUGCAUAUGUCUGGUAUCCAUGAAAUUAGAAGGAUAAAGGAACUAUUUUUUUAAGGGAAGUAUAUAAGCGCUUCUUUGAACUAAUGUCUGCUGGAGAGCAUGUUUUGCGGCUGUAUCAUUUUCAAGUAUUUGUACAUUUUUACCAUACAAGUACUCUUAAUUUUUAGGUCGAAUUCUUUUUCAUUAACAUGUAAUGCCAAAAACGUUAACAGUCCUGCCUCAGAUCAUGACAUAAUAAGCCAUCUAUAUUUUAAUUUAGUCAUUGUAAAAAUAUAUUUUUGUUUAAUGUUAUUAUGUAGUUUAUUAAAAUAGUGUUUGGA